AUGGGAAUAUGGAUAUUGCUUUCGAAGACAUCAAACAAAGCUAACAAAAUGGUGGCUUCAAUAUCCUAUCUUUUAAAAUUAAAUGGAUUCUUGGGGUGGGUACUUCAAGCAGUCAGUCAAAGGUAUGAUGGAGGCAUAAUGGAAGGCUUCAAAACAGCCAAAUUGGACAAGCUAUUCCAACAAUCCUCAUGGAAGUAA